GUACGGUACACAAACAGCAGAGAAACAGUAGAAAGAAGAAGUUUUUCGGCAUGUCUUCUACAAAGAAGUUCAAAUGAAUUUUCACAUGUUGUCUAUGGUUCCAGCGAUAUUCUUUUACGUCGGGGACGGGUGAUUGUUAAGGUUAAAAGUUGACGGAAUCAUACAAGAUGGGUAAAAUAAUGAAAUCAGGUAAAGUCGUACUGGUCCUUGGAGGUCGGUACGCUGGCAGGAAAGCAGUUAUUGUAAAAAACUACGACGAGGGCACUUCUGAAAAACCCUAUGGACACUGCUUGGUUGCUGGUAUUGAUAGGUACCCAAGAAAAAUCCAUAGCCGAAUGGGCAAAGGAAAGAUGCACAAGAGGUCUAAAAUUAAGCCUUUUGUUAAGGUAAUAAAUUACAAUCAUGUUAUGCCAACUAGAUAUAGUGUUGACAUCAUAUCCGACUUGAAAGUCCUACCAAAAGACCUCAAGGACCCAAUGAAGAGGAAGAAGGUUAGGUUUCAGACUAGAGUAAAGUUUGAAGAACGUUAUAAGCAGGGAAAGAAUAAGUGGUUCUUCCAAAAAUUAAGGUUCUAGUUUGUUACAUAUAAUAAAGCCAAGUAAAAAUA